AUGGUCCCAACUGACUUGCCUCCCGGCAUUCGAAAGGUCAUCCUCAUCGGACAGCGAUUCAAAAGUCGGUACUUGCAACGACAAAAUCUGUCCUCCUAUUCCACGUCGAGUGUUAAUAUCGUGGAGCUUACUAUUAUGGAUUGUGGUCUUCAGGGCAUUGAACCGCAGACUUUUCAGGGGCUCACAAAUCUCACGAAACUGGAUGUUUCUAAAAAUGCCCUCUCACGGAUUCACAGACGGACCUUUGCAGGUUUACGAUUAGAACUGCUUCGGCUGGAUGACAAUUUGGGUCUUUCUUUGUCUCCAGGGGCCUUUGAAAACCUCUCAGUUUCUUCCCUUUCAAUUCAGAACUGUAAUCUUCGCAGUCUGACCUUCAAAGACCUUGAACCUCUGAUUCGAACUGGCACACUCUCCACCCUCCGUCUGACUGGAAACAGCCUGACUACCCUCGAAUCCCGUCUCGAACCUCUUUUCCUAUCCCUCAAGGCCCUCUCACUCUCCCAGAAUCCCUUCCGUUGUGACUGUGAACUUGUGUGGUUGUCGAAAAUGCUCCAACGAAAGCAUCAAGAUGAGGCGCAAGAUAUCCCUCCGGCUCCGGUCGGGUUUGAGAACUCCCUUGUUAACGAUGACUUCAGAGUGUCUACCGAGAUCUACCCAGUUUGUGCAUCUCCACAUAGACUCUAUGAAAGAAAGUUAAUUGCUCUAACGGAGGAGGAUUUCUUCUGUGCACCACCGCAACUGCGGGCCCUUGAACUGGACCUUAAAGGUCACCAGCAGACAACAGAUUCUAUCAGUGAGUCAGCGGGGGCUGCUGUUGCGCGCCUCAAGUGCAUCGCCCAGGGCUCACCGGAACUCCGUCUCGGCUGGUACCGGCGAACGCGACGUGGUGACAGCAAACAGGGUGCCGACUUUCUAGAGAGUCUCCUCGCCACACAGGUUGUUUCGCCCGGGGUGGCGGAGAUUGUUCUUCAUCAGCCGACGCCCGCCGGGGGUGUGGUGGAGGACGAUCAGUUGACCUGCUUUGGGAGUGACACCUACGGAAACAUUAGCGCGGAUGUAACCCUCUCCUGGCUCAACCUCCGAGAGGUUGUCGGUGCGGGUAGUGCUUCUGUAGGAACGGCUGUCGCAAUAGCUGAAAACGGGAACGUUGAAGAGGCUGAUGACGACUCCCGACUUCGAGCUCUGGAGUCGGAGAGAAUGGAUGAUUUCUUCUUCAGAGUAAGCGCUUUCAGAGUUGGUAGUAUGCUCUUUUUUGAAUGGCGUCAGGUUGUGAAACUUAGUUUUUCUAGCCCUUGCGAGUUAGAGAGGCAUGACAAUUUUAAUUUCUGACGAAUAAAAUCUACUCACUUGCUAGUGACACUUACUGACGAAACCGUGCAUUCAAAUAAAAAACCUCGCGGCACAGGCCACCCUACCAGGAACGGGACUGAAAGAGUUUGUGUGGGCGUGGCGAGUAUUCUGACAUGAUAAAGACUUUCAUCAAAGAAGUAUAACAUUGGGCUUCGGCCGUUUUUCGUUCGGCAUCUGGGAGGGCGGGUGUCUAAAAAUAACCAGUUUUAAAGAAAUUAAGUCUCGUACAGAUCUCAAGGUCUGACCCUCUGAUAGCAGCGGUUGUUUGCAAGUAAAUUUAUUGAAUCCAGACAAAAAGUUCCCGAAAUAUUUUUGAUGACGAAGAGCAACGUGAUCUGCCUUGUGAAGUUUUCGAAUAAGCGUCACCAGUAGACCACCGUAAGAUAAUUAAUGGACAAUCAAACAAGGACUCCAAAUAUUGGGGUUGAAGAAAAUUAGGAAAAAUACUGUUCAAUUUUGGUCAAAAGUUUACCUACUGUUAAGUAUGCUGACACGGUAAAAGUGGCGUAUAGUUGAAAUGUGAGAUUCCUCUAUUUGAACACGAGCAAGGCUGCGAUGACUAUUUUGCUCAUAAAUUGAUAUUUUGAGAGUGUGCGGCACUCUACGAAGGAAAACUUGGAAAUACCUCUUGCAUGCUACUGGUUGGGUCUUCUGCAAAGCCAAUGGGACCAACUGCGUGCGCAUGCGCAGUGUCUAGGGGAAGGCGAUAACCACAGCUCCCAUGAGGAGUAUUUACAUGGCCAUUCUAAAAACUUUAACACUGUCUAACUUAAAAAGUCGCUCACAAUAAACAUUUAUUUCCCAACGGAUCUCGAUGGGAGGGAGAGAACAAAUAUUUCUUCAUAGUUUUUGAGCUUGUGUGCAUACGCCGGAACAGACUAUUUUGCUCUGAAUGCGCAAUCUUUAUAACAAGACUUUCGGCCUAGCACAGUCGUUUUGUGGCUAAAUAAACUAACCUUGUAAACACGUCCAGCGGAAAUACGUACAGUUGUCUAGUUGUCAAACGACAGAUAUUAGUUGAGGGCACGGGGCAGAACGAGUGAACUUUGGGUUAAAUUGCCUGUCGCAGGUUGUUUCUUGGCCUGGGUCCUUAAUCAUUAAUUUUUGCGGGUUAUAUAACAUCUCAGUAAUUACACAUUUUGCUAGAAGAGCCAAAUUAAAGUCGCCUAUUGUUACUUUUAUUAUUUAUGAGUAUUCACAUCGUACGAGGAAUUAGAUUUUUUCUUGCGUGACACUCUGUUAGGCGAGUAGUUGAAAUCUCAAAGAUGCAGAUACGGAGGUCAUAUUCAAAGAAGUCACAAUUAGAUACGCUCCUCUUCCUCCUCCCCCCUCGUUCAGUGCAUUAUAAUGGGUGCCUUAGAAUGCUACCAAGAUGCCGUUGGAAGAUCCUCGGUACCAGAAAUUUCACUGUUUUGCCCAAAGGCAAGCCCGCUGUCAACAGUCAUGUGUUAAGCACUUCGAGGUUUGUCUAACACUUCGUCUAACAUCUCAAGUACCUAAGGAGUCCCACAUCCCUUUCAGUCUAUGAAUCACUUUCUGCGGCGUAUCACUGGCAUUCAUGCAGCACGUGUUUUUACUAGUGAGUAGACUAGAGUCUUAAAAGUCUAAGAAACAGCGGUUCGGUAAAAAUCGCCCCCCGUCUCAGACAUCCCAAUCACAUGUACGCGAUAAGCAUGCGUGGGCUCUGCCUAGAUUUCGCUGAUUUCAGCGUCUUCAUAUAUGAGCUAGGCAGGCUUCACGUCAUCAAAUCGCUCAGGUGAAGCCUAGUCUUCAGAGAUGUUCACUAAGAACAGAACAUGUGCAGAAAUACACAGGACAAUCGGUGCUGGAAAACGUUUGAAAGAGAAAGACUGUGCUGUUACUGGUCUUCCUCAGGUUCGCCCUCCGUACUCAUUCUAAUUGAGUUCCCCUUCAUUUUGAACGCCCCUGUUUUAUUACGGCGAAAUUGGUAUCCCAUCUGAGCCCUCGCCUCUCAGAGUUGCCAUUCUACUUUCUGCACUUAGUUCUGCAUUCAUUUUGCGCGUCGACUACGGUCUCAAGCCCUGGUUGCUGGUUGUAUAUUCCUCCUGCAAAAAUCUUCGUCGCCUGCGCUUAAUUUCACACGUGCCUGGAGAUCCAUUUCUUAGCCUUUAUUCCUACAGAUAAAAGCACUUUGGAUGGGUGUGCAAACAGGCAUACUCCCCUUGCGUCUGCUGCAGUCGUCUUCUUAGUUUGGGACAGUCGCGUUUUUGCAGUACGCACACAUAGACACAACACUUGGCGACAUUUUCGAGAAGCAUGUUUAAGGGAAAGUGCAGCUUAGAAGUUGGAAUUAAACCUGACUGGCGGGCUGCAAAAGUGCAAGUCAUCUAGAUUUUAGCAUGCUGGAGAUGGAAUGGACAUCUCUCCUGUCACCAGUGAAACCGUUACCUAAGCAACGUCAAAAAUUAAUUUUGCAUCUUUCCAAGGUCCAAAUUUAUAAAUCACAGUUUGUAGACAUGAGGAAAAAGCCUUUUUUGGUAUAGAUAAAUGGGGAAAUUGCGUAUUUUGAAAUUUAUACUUGAAUCAGGGGGCAUUUUGGUCCCUCAAGUAGUCUUCACAAACGAGGGAGAACGCAGACUGGCCUUUAAAAUAAACAGGUAAUGGCUGAUUUUUAAAACCGAAAAACUUCUUUACUCAAGAUACCCUUCUAGAGGAGAGAAAUUUUCCCGUGAAAUAUGCAUAUUUCCCGUAAACUUCGUGCAUUCGCUCUAAAAAUAUAAAUUUGUUUGAGCAAGAAUUGAAAAGGGGAAAUCACUCUACUGGCGUAGUGAGUACGAGGGUAACUGGAAGAAGAUUAUUUCACUUGUCAGUUUACUCUUGCAUAAUCAUUGACUGGCAGUUCGACCGUCGACUCCGAAGAUGUCCACCGUGUGCCCCACAGCACUGUUGGGGCAGCUACGGUGACCUGCUCGUCAACUCGUUUGUGGUGAUAGUAGAUUCGCGCACCAUUUAGCGCACUCUUUCCUCAUCCCACAUCUAAGCUCGCUGUCAAAACAAAGACUACUCACUCUCGCAAUCUCACCUAAGUAAUACAUAUGGUCAGAUAGCAUGCCUGGGAAAGCUCAGUGCAUUUGUAAGCAAGUGGAUAAAUAUACAUUUUUCACAGACAAGAGAGGAGAACAGCUGCUGGCCCAAAGACCCAACGGGGACUUGCGCGGAUCUGCUUGCGGUGAAGUAAGACAGCGCGGCAUCCACCCCACCCUCCGUCCCCGCGCCCACCCCCUUUUUAUGGCGGGCCAGACUCCGGACGGAUGAAGAUGGUUGCAGGUGCGGUGGGGGCUGGCAGGAAGCCACUGAAGCCACUUUUAUGCCUAUCGCAUACGUGAUUAUCUCUGCUUCCGAAAAAAAAAUAUUUUCAAAUGAUGGAGUCUCGCAUCUCACAUAAGUGAACGUAUUACAGGAGGAUUUUUCGACUAAAGCACUACGUGCUUACUGAACAUGUUGCUCUCUCGCUGGAAGGAGUAGUUGAAUGGAAAGUUUCCAGAUUCCCAGACUGACUGAUCAUAUUUGGGCGCGCACUUUGAGAUUUGGCGAUAAAUCGAUCACGAAAAGGAUCGCGAUGUGGAUUUUGCUCAAAAGCGAGGCAGCAGCCCCUUCAAGAAGCACAGCGGUGCAUUAAGGAUUGGUGUCUUUCCUUUUAAUACUAAGGUGGGAUUCGGGUUAUUUCUGAAGAAAGCACGGUUUUUUGGCCCCCUUUUCAUUCCUAUCACACAGGGUCUCGUUUUCCUCUCAUUGCUGCGACCAACAAAGUCUUGUAUUUUUAUUCAUGUGUUCAUCUCCCCGAUUUUAAUGACUCCAGAAUGUAAGUGAUGUUUGUUUCAUAACGACAUAUUCCGUAAAGGUACUGCCGACGACCGUCCUGCAAUUUCGACUAUGAAUACCUCAUAUUAUCAACAAAUACUAGCCCUACUUCUUGAUCAUUUAUUUGGUGAGCUAUUUGCAAUUUUAGCAAGUUCGGUUCAUAGUCCACAGCGAGGAGGGGUUAAAUUUAUUAAUGUUCCUGCCCAUAACAGUACUAUCCUUUCCCUCCCUCCUUCCCUCACUGCCUUCGUGUCCCUUCUUCUUUACCCCGCCUUCCCCAUACUCCUGUUUUCCAUAUGAAAAGCUUCAUUUCUACAACUGACAAGGGAAGGGUUAGCAAUAUACUUAUUGCUCUUGCCCUGUGUUUGUUAAAGAGCACCGGUACGCUGUGCUAAGCUGGCCCCUCUCUAACGGGUAGACGCCUACGCCUUCGUGAGGGCUUGUUGUGUACGCAAGAAAACACUGAUCUUGACUGGCGGUUUAAACACUUUUGCAUCCAUGUGGGACAAUAAGACAAUUCGACCGUCGAUUCCGACGAUGCUCACCGUGCGCUACACAGCAAGAUGCGACAGACACGAUGACUUGCGCGGGAAUUAGUUUAUGGUGAUAGUAUACUUGCUCAGAAUCUACCACACUCUCUUCCCCUCCUCCACCUUGACCUGGUAUGAAGGCAGAGUCAAGAAGAUCGGAGGGGGGGGAGGAGGGCGCAGGUGGAUGGCACGACCGGACUCGCACCUAGGCCUACCACCACACCCCUGGUCCACAACAUACACUUGCUCAGAAUUUUUCUCCAACAACAACAACACCCCAAUAGGGGGUCAGAAGGACGAGGGUGGCUGGAUAGCCAUGCCCACCCCAUGUACACCCAACGGGAGCGAAAACACAUCCACCGACAGGGAAUUAGUUACCAAAGAACUGUCGGCGAACACCAGGCUGCGAGGGCCAGGGUUUGCUGAUACUGGCAUAGCACACGCUUUCAGACCUUUUGACAAUGUACAGCCAUUACCACCGCCAUCAUAAAUACUAAUACUGUCGCUGCUACCACUGUUACUGCCGCCUCGAAGACUCCGGUUUUCGCGCACACUGGAUUCCUAUGCACCUUAAAGCGAACAUGAUCUCAUCAGGGUCGGGACGGAACUAGAGGUCACGUUCGGCAGGCGAAUUCUCCGUAUGUCUUUGGUACCUGUAUCUCUCUAUUCACCUUGACUGGGGACCAUUUUUAUUGCUGCCGCAGACGCUGGACGAUCAUUUCGCCAAAGGGUUGCAAUUCAACCUGAAAUAUGCCGGAUUGCCCUCUCGACGACUAGAGAGCUGAGUGCACGGAACGGCAGGCAAGCGCCAAAACGGACACAAAAUGGAGGUGCGAGCUCACUUCGGCUGAUUUUGCCGAAAGCUUGCGUGUGAGAGUCGGUAGGUGGAGGGGGGGGGGGAAGGAGGGAGAGAAAGCUGUUGAGCUUUUGUCGGGGUGGGGGACUCGGGGCUUUUCCUUCUGCUUUUCUGGGCCGACGCCUGCGGAACUGCCGACUGGUUGACGGGAUAGAGCUAGCUCUGGUUAUGCUUCCCCUAGUCCUCGUGGGGUUUUGUAGCUUACACGCACAUGUACGAUCCACUGGCACACAAACACAGAUACGAGGAUAUGCACCACGUCUGCGGUUUGUCAGCCCGCAGCCUCGACACGACUCACUCCUCAUUUCGCCCUAGUCUAAUUGCGUGUCUGAAUUAUGGGUAGAAACGCAGUCUGCCACAAAGUUGCUAACCACGGUCAACAAGACACCAACCCCUGUUACUGAAGAGAAAACUUUUACCGUUAGUUCUAGCUUUCACAUUGCUAUUCUGAAACCAAUACUACUGAAGAAACUCAUUAAUCACCGUUCAGGCUUAUUGGAGAGCGGGACCGCUCCAAACCAUGCUUUGCGAUGUUAGACAACCUCGAUGUUCUCGGACAAAUAGAUCCCCACAAUUUUUGCGAGGGAAAAUUUGGUGUGCAUUAGUUCUCGACGAAUCAUUGCCAAGCCACUCAGUUUGAGGUUGUGGGGGAAUAAGUAAAGCAUUCGCGACACUGUCCGCAUAGAUAUUAGAUUGAGAAAACGGAUAUGGCAACAAUGGCAGAUGCGUACUUUUCUUCCUUCAUGGUUUUCUUUCGAUUUCGAAUUUGCCUUUUAAAACACCGGCCCCAGACCGAAGUAAAGUUAUUACUUGAAGGAGCUCUCAUUUCCUCUUAAAAAAUCUUAAAUGCAUACAGUAUUUUGCCAUUUUCAUAUUGGUAGUUUUUAAAGCAAGUUCCUUUAACCAUGUAGAUGGUAACGAGUUGCACUGUUCUGUCAGGUAUCUGCUAACUUACUCGGAAUAUCACGCCCAGUCGACGUCAACAUUGUAAUUGCUCUUAGUGAAAAUUUUAUUGUAAACUCAACGUUUUCAGCAAACUCCUGCUUUAUCAAAUAUUUAAUAUCUCCCUUCUCCUCUCCAUUUCUUACUUUCAGAAACAAUUUACCAUAUUGGAGCUCAUCGGAGCAGUAAUUGGGACAUUUACAGCAACAAUGUCACUUUUCCUUUGCGGCUACUGUCUAUUAUUCACGCAUCGGAAAAGGAACUCCAAGGAAGUUCGUGGACUCCUGAGGGAGAUUUCCAGUACGCAAUCAUAUCAUCAAAUCCCCAUGCCAAACGCUCCCAGAAAAGCUCCGGCAUAUCAGAUGCUAGAUCCGGGGCUAGUUUCCUCAACUGCAGCUACCUCCUACAUCGCCUCCUUUGUUGGUCCACUGGAGGACCUGGGAAAUGUGAUUUACACAAAUGGCCAGGUGACUAACGUCACAACUCCGGCCACCACUACGACUGCACACAACCCCCUCCUCUAUACUAGCUAUGACCCCACCAUUGCUAACGGCGCCCUCUACUCCGACUGUCCGACAUAUGAUUCUCCGCAGUCCCGACAACAUACGCCGAACCAGGCGCCCCCACUACCACCAAUCCCGGUGAGUGGUGCUCCAUCUCGCCCGCAGCUCAAAACGAAUUCCUCUGAGGCCACUGCUUCAAGGUCAGGCCUCGCCAGCACCCCUAAUCUAACCGAAGGGGGCACUGGAAAUCCCCCCAGUCUGGAGGCUAUGACAGGCUGCUAUGCGGGCAACUCGUUAUUUGAGGGAGCAGAUCUUUCCAAUGCAGGUGCCGGUUUCGACACGUCCGCUCUGUCCAUUUCAAACCUUUCCGGUGGCGUGACCGCUGACGGACUGUCAGCAGCUGCUGCUGCCGCCGUGUUACAUGGCCGUCUUCUGGAGGCCAAUGCACAGAAUCUUUUGUUUGCACAACUGACGCAUCGUCGCCUUCCACCAGCCCGGAUGCGGCCGGUGUAUCAGAAUCAGACUCUGGCGUAUGGCCGUUGA